AUGAACACCACAGUGGACGACCGCCCUCGGUCACCACCACCACCCAUCAUCUCUUUCGAUGCCACCAGUACCACCUUCGACGAGACUGACAGCCACCAUCUCAUAAGCUUCUCUCGUGGCCUUGAUGACGAUGUCCUCGUGACUUUCCCCACGUUUCUUUACUCCGAGGUGACGAUUUCUCACAAGGGUGCUACUGACAGCUGUGACACAGCCACCGAUGCCAACACCUCCGGUUGCUCUAUUUGUUUGGCGGAUUAUAAAUCUAAAGAUGUCGUCAGGUUGUUACCGGAAUGCGGCCAUUUAUUUCAUGUCAAGUGUAUAGAUACGUGGUUGAAGGCUCAUCCUACUUGUCCAAUGUGUGGGAAGGAGUUGACUGAUUGA